UGAGUGGAAACCGAACGUGCGCAAGAAUGAUUGCAGAGCACGAGGAGGACGUUUGUGGAACAAACGAGGAGAACGAGCGACAAGGUCCAACUCCAAUUCCGGACGCUGGUUUCAAGCCUCGCGAUGACGCACACAGAGCAGAUGUCAGAGACGAAGAUCUUCAUCCUGAGGAGCGGCACGCAGAGUCCGAGGAGCCGAAGUCUCCGGACAUUAAAGAGGAAGAGGAGGAACGCAGCAUCGGUCGGGAGGGAGAGGAGGAGCACAUCACCGAUUUUCCAUUCACUGUCGUCCGUGUGAAGAGUGAAGAUGAGGACGUUGAAGAAGGUGGUGGAAACCACUGUGGAGGAUCCCAAGCAGAAGGCCUCUUAGUGGAUCGUAACAGCAUAACGUCACACCCUCCCGACGGUAACGAUGCCGAACCCUCCCGAGGUGAUACGACACGUCGCGCUGGCGACGCGCACUUGACAUGCGCUCGGUGUGGCAAGACUUUUACCAACAAGAGGAAUCUCAGAAGACACGUGGUCAUUCACACGGGAGAAAAAGCUUUCAUGUGUUCAGUUUGUGGGAAAAGAUUCUUUCAGAAGGGAUCCAUGAUAACGCACACAAGAAAGCACACUGGAGAAAAACCUUUUUGCUGCUCGGUGUGCCGCAAAUGUUUUAGUGAUUACUCGACGCUGACGAAACACGUGAGAACGCACACCGGCGAAAAGCCCUUUUCGUGCUCAAUCUGCGGUAAAACCUUCUCCCAGAAGGUGGCCAUGAAAACACACGCAAGAACACACACUGGAGAAAAAGCCUUUUUCUGCUCCAUCUGCCGCGCAAGUUUCAACGUUCGUUCAACGUUGGUUCACCACAUGAGAACGCACACGGGUGAGAAACCGUUUACCUGCUCGGUGUGCGCCAAAUGUUUUGGUCACCCCGCAGGAUUGGCGAGGCACAUGAGAACGCACACCGGGGAGAAACCGUUUUCCUGCUCGAUCUGCGGCAGACGUUUUACCGUUCAGAAGACAUUGGUUCAACACGUGAGAACGCACACGGGAGAGAAACCGUUCAUCUGCUCAAUUUGCGCUCAAAGUUUCUCUCAAAGCGGCGCUUUGCAAAGACACGUAAGAUCGCACGCUGGCGACAAACCGUUUCGCUGCAGCGUGUGCGAUAAAAGAUUCAAUGAUAAGUAUAAGGUGAAGAAGCACAAGUGCGCCGGUGAGAAGAGCAGCGAUACAUCGAGUGCAGGAAAAUUGGACAUUCUGACAAGCUGACAUUGAACAUUGAAGCGGUUGCGGUGAGCUGGAAACGUGUAUGCGUGAUCCCAAAAUGGGUCUCAAGGGCCCCAAAAUAAAGACGCUCUCACCAAGCCGAAUGUUCACAACUAUUUGGACUUCAAGUUCAUACGUCACCGCGAUGGAUUUGAAACAAAGCAAUCCAGAUGUGAUCAAAGGGACAUUCUGCUUUCGAGGUUUCACUAUAAAGAUUGGAAAUAUUGAUCAUCUACAUAAAAGUACCUUUUAGGUGCUCCUAAAUGCUCGAACAAAAGUCAUCGGCAUCCUUUUUAAUACCGAGUGCAGAUUAUGCGCUGCUCAGAUUCCACCGAUUGUGAGCGGAAAUAUCUCACGGUGUCAUUCGAUAUGAUCCGUCGUUGGAUUGUCAGUCAGCAAGGCCUUCGCUGCUGCCCUCAUCGCAAGCGGAAGUUCUGACCCACAUAAAAAAACUAAUAUAUAUAUAUACACACAAGUAAAUUGUAGCAUUUGUUUCAUGAAGUUACAGGAAGGUAUUCUCUUCAUUUCAUAGUUUUGUUUGUUUUGGCUGCAUUGCUUUCAGUACAUGUAUGUGGGUGAUAGAUUUUUUUCGUCCAAUCAUAUUUCAACGUCUGUGUGUUGCCACGUCAACGUAAUCUUCAGAAUCAUUCGUGCUGGCAGAUGUAACAAACAAUAUUAGCAAACAAUUGGAGUGUUAGGGUUAGGGCAGCCCUACGGGGGGCACAAGCCGGCGCAAACCGUAGGCCGGUCCCAAGCCCGGAUAAAUGCGGAGGGUUGCGUCAGGAAGGGCAUCCGGCUUCAAACUUUGCCAAACAAAUAUGAGCGUUCAUCCAAAGAAUUCCAAACCGGAUCGGCCGUGGGCCGGGUUAACCGCGUCCGCCGCCGGCGCCGUCAACCUGCGGGGGCGCCGUUGGAAAUUCAGCUACUGUGGGUCCAAGUCGAAGGAAGAAGAAGAAGAGGUGGAAAGCACAGAGCCUAGAACUGAAUGUGCGGACUUUGAAUGUUGGGACUCUGACGGGGAAACUCUCGGGACUUGGUUGACACGCUGAAAGGCGUGUCCAGGAGAGCAGGUGGAAAGGCAGUCAGGCUCGAACGUGGUUCAGGGGUUAGGGUUGAAAUGAUUUGACCACGGUGUGGACGGGAAGAGAAAUGGACUCGGGGUUAUUUUAAAAGAAGAGUUGGCCAAGAAUGUCUCGGGAGGUGAAAAGAGGAUCAGAUCGAGUGAUGAGGUUGUUAUGUAUGCUUUCUAUAGUGGUGGCAUUAAGGCGUGGAUUAAGUCAGGCAAAUCCCCAGUGAAUUGCCCAGGUAAGCAAAUACACGACGAGGUCACUUUUGAUUGACUGAAUGUUGUCGUUAGCAUUGUGUAAUGACACUACCCCACCAAAAGGCGGCAGUAAUGGACCAGAAUGUGUCUUGUCUGAAGGAAAUUGAAAAUAGGUCGAGGAAAAGCAGGAAGCCAGACGGAGCAAUAAUAGUGCGUCUUUUGUUUGAUAAUCUUUGCAUAUUUCGGUCGUGUAACAGAUGAAACAUAAUUGACUCUUCGCCUCGGUUCACAUGGAAGCUCUUUUAGCCCGCUAGAUGCGAACAACGAGACGCGGAAGUUACCGCGUUACAACGCAAGUGUGAGCGUUCAGUGUUUGGAUCGAUCGAUCGAUUGAUUAUCGUGUGACGACUUGGAAAGUAUGAUAGCGGAGUACGAGGAGGAAACUUGUCGAACAAGAGAGGGAAAAGAGCGACGACGUCAUCGACUCGAGGCUGUUUUGGAGCACAGAGCAGAUGUCCGUGAAGAAGAGCGGCAGGAGCCCGCGGCCCCAGACGUUAAAGAGGAAGCAGACCAACACAACAUAGGUCGGGAGGAGGCAGAGCGCGACCCCACCCGGCUGCCCUUCAAUCGCGUCAUUGUGAAGAGCGAAGACGACGAAGAGGACGGCGACGGCGACGGCGACCGCCGGGGACGAUCGCAGACCCACAGCCUCUUAACGCCGCUAUCGGACAGCGACGACACGUCACAUUCUCCUGACCCCGAUUCUGACGAGCACUCUAAAGCUGAUGGCAGCGAACAGUAUCUUCAUCCUGAGCAGCAAGAGUGGAACUUCAAAGUGGAGCAGCAGGGGCUGGAGCCGUCACAUGUUAAGGAGGAAGAGCGAGAGUACCCCUGUGUUAAAGAUGAAGAGGAGCCAGAGCACCUCCGCAUUAAAGAGGAGGACGAGGAGGAUAUCACCAUCAUUGUCAAAAAUGAAGAUGAAGAAGCCCGAGGUCAGUGGUCACCGCUUCAUCCGGGUCAAAGUGAGGAGAACGGAGGGGCGGAACCUCCCAGCGGCAGCUCGAGUCGACACGCGGCGACUGAAGGCGACGGAGCUCGCCGGGAAGCAUCACAAGCGGACACCCUCUUGGCGCCGCUGUCAGAGAGUGACGACGUAACUUCGCACUCUUCGGACACCGACAAUGAGAAAAACUCUCAAGAGAAACCUUUUGCUUGUUUAUUCUGCAGCACACGUUUUAGUGUUCAUUCGCGUUUAGUUCAACACAUGAGAAAGCACACGGGGGAAAAACCCUUUUCCUGCACAGUUUGUGGUCAAACAUUCUCUCAAAAAGGCGCCUUGACCAGACACACUCGAACGCACUCUGGGGAGAAACCUUUUUCUUGCUCAGUCUGCGGUAAAGGAUUUACUCAGAAGGAGCAUCUGGUAACUCACACUCGAACGCACACAGGAGAGAAACCUUUUUCCUGCUCAGUGUGCGGUAAACGUUUCUCUAUAAAGGGAAAUUUGAUAACGCACACCAAAAUACACACCGGAGAGAAAUCUUUUGUCUGCUCAGUGUGUGACCUAUGUUUUGUCGAUCGUUCAUCAUUAGUUCAACACAUAAGGACACAUACUGGGGAGAAACCCUUUUCCUGUUCAGUCUGUGGCAAACGAUUCACUCAGAAGGGACAGUUGACAACACACUCAAGAACACACACGGGAGAAAAACCUUUUUCCUGCUCAGUGUGCAACCUGGGAUUUGGAGAUCGUUCCACUUUGGUACUGCACAUGAGAACGCACACUGGGGAGAAACCUUUUUCCUGCUCAGUUUGUCAUAAAAGGUUUGCCCAGCGGGCCCAUUUAAGAACACACACAAGGACACACACGGGAGAGAAACCUUUUGCCUGUUCAGUCUGCCCCAUAAGUUUCGCAGAUCGUUCAUCGCUGGUUCAACACACGAGAAUACACACCGGUGAGAAAGUGUUCAGUUGCAAUGUGUGCGAGCAAAAGUUCUCUUACAAGUAUCAGAUGAACAAACACAAGUGCGCUGCCGCAGCACACGAAGCCACUGACGUCAACUGUGAAGAAACCGACUUUGCAACGAGCUCGGAAAUUGAAAACGCCAAGCUGGACCACACCUGACGACGACGACAAGAAGCCUGAUGAGCGAGCACCCCACGCCAGAGCCGAAACAUUUUGGAUGAAACGUGAAACGUCUUCACCAACCAAAGGACUCCAGUUGGCGCCGUGAAACUUCUUGGGGCAU